AAAUGCCAAAAGUAAUAAAAAUGGCGCUUAUGUUGAGCAGUUUACGAUAAACAUACGUUUGCAGUGUGUAUUUUAUUGAUGUAAUUAUUUUGUAGUGAUUUAUAGUAAAUUGUAUUAUUAGGAAGUGAUACCAUAUCGUGGACUAAUGAGUUUAUUGACCGAUGUCUGCCGUGGCUCCCAAUAUCCCCGGGGCUGACCCAGCAAAGGAUAUACAAAAGCGCCGUGCUGGCAGUAUUGGAUCCGAUGAAGACGACGCAAGUGGGGGGAAGUACACAAGGAUGGAGGAGGACAAUAUUCAAGACAAAGAGAGAUUUGCAAGCCGUGAGAACCACUGUGAGAUUGAACGACGACGAAGAAACAAGAUGACGGCGUACAUAACAGAGUUGUCGGACAUGGUGCCAACAUGCUCGGCGCUGGCACGCAAACCCGACAAGCUCACCAUACUGCGUAUGGCAGUAGCUCAUAUGAAGGCAUUGAGAGGCACAGGCAAUACUUCCACGGAUGGCACAUACAAGCCAUCGUUUUUGACUGACCAAGAACUCAAGCAUUUAAUCCUUGAAGCGGCAGACGGAUUCCUGUUCGUUGUUAGUUGUGAUUCUGGUCGCGUCAUUUACGUCAGCGACAGUAUAGCUCCAGUACUUAACUAUUCUCAGGGAGAAUGGUAUUCCUCAUCUUUUUAUGACCAUGUGCAUCCAGAGGAUACCGAGAAGGUUCGAGAGCAAUUGAGCACUCAAGAACCACAAAAUACAGGACGCAUUUUAGAUCUGAAAACCGGAACGGUGAAGAAAGAAGGACAUCAAUCGUCCAUGCGGCAGGUGAUGGGCUCGCGGCGCGGCUUCAUCUGCCGUAUGCGCGUGGGCGGCUCGGCCGAGGGCGCGCACCUCGGCCGCCUGCGCGCGCGCAACUCGCUGGGGCCCUCGCACGACGGACACAACUACGCCGUCGUCCACUGCACCGGCUACAUCAAGAACUGGCCGCCUACAGACUUGUUUCCAGGCAUGCAGAUGGACCGGCCGGUCGACGACGAGCUGCACGCGUCUCAUUGUUGCCUCGUGGCCAUCGGACGACUACAGGUGACAUCGACGCCGAACGCGGCCGAGGGCAGCCUGUGCAGCGGCGGGGUGGAGUUCGUGUCCCGGCACGCCGUCGACGGGCGGUUCACGUUCGCGGACCAGCGCGCCGCUCAGGUGCUGGGCUACGCGCCCGCCGACCUGCUCGGCAAGCUGUGCUACGAGUUCUACCACCCGGAGGACCAACAGCAUAUGAGGGACAACUUCGAUCAAGUAUUAAAAUUGAAAGGCCAGAUCAUAUCCCUCAUGUACCGGUUUCGUACCAAAACCAGGGAUUGGAUAUGGCUGAGGACGUCAGCCUUCGCCUUUUUGAAUCCGUACAACGACGAUGUUGAAUAUAUUGUCUGCACAAACACGCUAGCAAACCGAUCACUGGGCAGCGCGAGCGGCGAGGCGCCGCCGGAGGAGAACUACGACUACCACUUGCGGCACCGCGACGUAUACCAGGCCGCGCAGCCCGUACUGCACCAGCAACACCAUGCACCGCCUGCGGGCAGCGUGGGCAUGGGCGCGGGGGCGGGGGUGGGGGUGGGGGUGGGGGGCGCGCGGUCGCCGGGCGCGGCGCCGGCGGCGGCGGCGGGCGCGGGCUACGCGCCGCACUACGCGCCCGACUACUCGCCGCACCGCGUCGCCAACACGCCGCCCGUCACCACCUGGACCACGCUCCGACCCAGCGGCGGAGCCGGCGGUGAGAGCUACGCGUACAGUGGCGAGGCACCCGCGACCGGCACGGGCAACGCGCCCGCGGCCGACGGCUCGCCCGCGCGCUCCCCGCCUGCGCCCGCGUACCUGCCGCCCGCGCACUACCACCACAACCACCACCCGCACCCGGCGCACGGUAUGUGGUCGUGGCAGGGCGGCGGCGCAGGAGCGCCGGGCACAGGAGAGAGCGCGGCGCCGCACGAGCUGUCGGACAUGUUGCAGAUCCUCGACCAGAGCGGCGGCGCCGCCUUCGAGGACCUCAACAUCAACAUGUUCAACUCCAACUUCGAAUAGCGCCACGGUUCCCGAGGUUGCCGCCCCGCUUAGUCGCGCGACGCUGCCCCUGUUCGAUCCCUGAUCGACCGUGCUGCCGGAGACAACUGAACUAUCGAUGACGCAUGAAUUCGAAAGACGUGUCGCACCUUUACUAGAAGACGCUUCCCUAUGCGGCGGUUUCCGGUGACUUAUACUCAUAACAUAAUCAAUCAUCAACCGCGGUUGACAUCAGUUAAGCGUAUGUUAGUUUCGGUUGCCUGUGGUAGCACGAAACCCGAGCGCUUCCCGCGUCCGCGACUCUGCGUGUUGACAAUUCAACAAAGAGCUUUAUCGCAGGAUGAUAAAGCUUUCAAUAAAUGGCAACCCACUGUACAAAUCAUGUACCUUACUUUGUAAAAAAAACACAAAUUCACCAUACUCUUCUUUGACGCUAUUUUAUAAUUGCGAAUAAGAUUGUGGAGACUAGUUAGGUAUUGUGUUAUUGACCUAUUGAUUGAUGGGCUAAAAGGUAGAGCGAUGGAUCGGCAGCUAGUUACUUAGCAUACGUAUAUAUUUUUAUGUAAUAAAGUAAAUUAAAAAAAAAACAUAGGUUAAGAUAGACAUUUAUAUGAUAGCAAUAAGAUAAACCUUUUUUUUUAUUCAUUAGACGGUUUAGAUUUAAUUUUUAAGUACAGAAAUAAGUUAGGUCCAUCUAUUCCUGGCUGAGUAUACUUUAAGUUUAAAUUAUCUGACAUCAGAUGAAUACUGUAUUUGCUGCUAAAAUUUAAAUGAUUGAAGGAGAACUUAUUAAUGUUAAUUUUGCUUUUAAAUUGGUACGUACCUAAUGUGAGCUUCGUGAUUUAUUUAGAAUUUGUUCUGAACAUAUUUUGGAAAAAACGGUGUCACUUUGACGGAUGCCAAUAAUGACGACAACGGCACAAUAAAUAAUAGUACUACAGAAAUUACGCUUCCUACAAAACCGAAGUUUCUAAUGUAUGGCACUAUCCCUUUCGGCUAUUUAGGGUUGUCAAAAUUCAAGUUAUUAUCUCUUAAGAGUCUGGCUACUGAAAUAUUACACAAAUAUUUGGCGGGAAAUUCAAAAAAUCUUGGACUGGUCACACUUUGUGUAGUACGAAGUAUAGUUUUGAUACUAGAAAAUAUUUUUGAUUUUCUGUGCACACGUAAGGUACCUAAGGAUAUAAGUUAAAUAUACGUUGACGUGCAAGUCAGCUCACAUAAUUUCUACCACUAUAAUAAAGUACAGUCAACGAUAAACACAUAUGUUAACACUUUCUCACCAUAUACUAUUGUAACAAGGCGAAAAAUGAAAUGUAGUGUAAAUAAGACCUAUAUAAUACCAAACCAAAAUAUUUAUAGAGCACCAACCUCCUAAUUUGUUUACAUUUGUUUAGGAGUUGUAAACAUUGCAGUUUUUCGUUAUACAGCGCUACACGUCGACUUCGCACAUUGUCGUAAUUAUUUAUGAGCUUAAAUAAUACUUUGCGAACCUCACUCAGAUAUAAUUGGUGAUACAACACCGAAAUAUCUGUCAACAAUUUUUGGCUAGCCAGACUAUCUGUGGCCAUGCAUGCACGCAAAGGGACUUCAAGUUGUGUCAACCCUAAUAAUUGCUCGGAGCUCAGCCGAAUGGAGCCAAGAAUGGCCAAAAGGAGUAGUGUCGCCCCACUGAACGGACAAAUCUAUACGUUUUGCCUGAUGACAGUGAUGACGGCACAUUAAUAUUUUGUAAUGAUCUGUAACUGUAAAGUGUAAUGACGGAUAAAUUAUUAAGUUUAGUGAAUCAAGUAUUAUACAUAUAAUAUGAAUUGUUUUAUUAUAUUAGUUUUCAGGUCGCAAUGUUUUAUCGAUGACAAUGAUGACUGAGCUUGACAUCAAGCUCUAAAUCAAGACCUUUUAUAUAUUUUCCUACAUGAAACUUUUAUCAUGUAUUUAAUGCUGUAAUGAACUUGUUACCAAGGGAAUAUUGAGUCCAUAUUGAUUUUUGUGCUAGAGAACAGUGUUAAUAAACUAGUAAGCAAUAUAUCCGCCGAUUCUCACCUUUUAGCCGCAUUUGGUAUUCAACACAUUCUAAUAAACACUUAGCAAUUUUUAUUUUAAGUUAUUUUUCAUUACUAUUUACAUUAAAGAAUACCUAUGAUAAUUAUGUAUACAUUUCCAUUGAGAACAUAUAUAUUUUUUAGGGUGGUUCUUAUUUCGUCGAAUUAUAUUUUUCUCCGGGGCACCCGCUUAAUGUAAAAUCUACCAUUAAAAAACCAAUUUAAUCUUUUUUUCAGAAUUUUCAAAUACUUUUUAAGGGUCGCUACCGCACUUUGGAUGAGUGGGAUUAAAGGAAUUUGUUGGAUUGGGAUUAAAAAUUCAGAAAACAAUACAAUGGUUUUAGUGUUAAAUUUCACAUUAAAGGGGGCAAAAGGUAGGUAGAAAGGUAGAAAAAUAUAACUUCGAUGAAAUAAGGACCAUCCUAUUUUUUUUACCAGAGCCUAACAUCCUAUUGGGAUAUAAGUAAAGAACUUAUACUGGCUCUGAUAUUAUUUUAUUUUUAGAUCGAUAGAAUUGAGUAUUAAAAUUUGUAAAAUGAAUUUUUCAUUAAAAUUAAGUACAUAAACAUUGA